UGCUCCGGGGUACCUGGAGGAUCCAGCGCCUGCGCAAGGGCCCCGGCGGCUCACAGAGCCAAGGUGCCCUUGAGCCAAGCGCUGGGUCGGCCCCCAGCUGGCUUGGCCACUGGCCCCUGCAGUCUUUGCGAUUGCUCGGGGCGAGGAAGGAGGCGCUCGGGACAGGCCGGGACUUACGCAACCGAGAGAGCUGGACACGCCGGGACCAGUCGUGCGGGGGGCGGAGCCUAGGUGCGGGGAGGGCGCGCGGGGAGCGCAGCGGGCGCAGACCACGAGCAAGUCGGAGCCGACCGGCAGUUCUCCCAGGGCUGCCAGCUGAAGAGCCACUGCUGGACUCCAGCCACACUGUCAUGGGUAGUCCGGAGGGGCGUUUCCACUUUGCCAUCGACCGUGGAGGCACCUUCACUGAUGUCUUUGCGCAAUGUCCAGGAGGGCAUGUGCGGGUCCUGAAGCUGCUGUCAGAGGACCCUGCCAACUAUGCGGACGCACCUACAGAGGGCAUCCGUCGCAUCCUGGAGCAGGAGGGAGGCAUGCUGUUGCCCCGAGACCAGCCGCUGGACACCAGUCGCAUUGCCAGUAUCCGUAUGGGCACCACAGUGGCCACCAAUGCCCUGCUGGAGCGACGGGGGGAACGGGUGGCAUUAUUGGUGACUCGUGGCUUCCGAGACCUGCUGCAUAUUGGUACCCAGGCUCGUGCAGACCUCUUUGACCUGGCCGUGCCCAUGCCAGAGAUGCUAUAUGAGGAUGUGGUGGAAGUGGAAGAGCGUGUUGUGCUGUACCGUGGAGAGCCAGGUGCCCGGUCUCCUGUCAAAGGCCGUACAGGGGACCUGCUGGAGGUGCAGCAGCCCGUGGACCUGGGGGCCCUGCGUGGGAAGCUGGAGGGACUCCUGUCGCGGGGUAUCCGCAGCCUUGCCGUGGUGCUCAUGCACUCGUACACGUGGGCCCAGCACGAGCAGCAGGUGGGCACGCUGGCCCGAGAGCUGGGGUUCACACACGUGUCCCUGUCCUCGGAGGCCAUGCCCAUGGUACGCAUUGUUCCUCGUGGACACACAGCCUGUGCCGACGCCUACCUCACUCCCACGAUCCAGCGCUACGUGCAAGGCUUCCGCCGCGGCUUCCAGGGCCAGCUCAAGGAUGUGCAGAUGCUCUUCAUGCGUUCUGAUGGUGGCCUGGCACCCAUGGAUGCCUUCAGUGGCUCCCGUGCUGUGCUGUCUGGCCCUGCUGGUGGUGUCGUUGGCUACUCAGCAACUACCUACCAGCUGGAGGGCAGUCAGCCUGUCAUUGGCUUCGACAUGGGAGGCACAUCCACAGAUGUGAGCCGGUAUGCUGGGGAAUUUGAGCAUGUCUUUGAGGCCAGCACAGCUGGUGUCACCCUCCAGGCCCCCCAGCUGGACAUCAAUACGGUGGCAGCCGGUGGGGGUUCCCGCCUGUUCUUCAGGUCUGGCCUCUUUGCAGUUGGGCCUGAGUCAGCAGGUGCCCACCCAGGCCCCGCCUGCUACCGCAAAGGGGGCCCUGUGACAGUGACGGAUGCUAAUCUGGUCCUGGGUCGCCUGCUGCCUGCCUCCUUCCCCUGCAUUUUUGGGCCGGGAGAGGACCAGCCACUGUCCCCGGAAGCUUCUCGCAAAGCCCUAGAAGCGGUGGCCACUGAGGUCAACAGCUUCCUGGCCAAUGGCCCCUGCCCGGCCUCCCCACUGAGCCUGGAGGAGGUGGCCAUGGGGUUCAUACGUGUGGCCAAUGAGGCUAUGUGCCGGCCCAUCCGUGCUCUCACGCAGGCACGAGGCCAUGACCCCUCAGCCCACGUGCUGGCUUGCUUUGGGGGAGCUGGCGGGCAGCAUGCAUGUGCCAUCGCCCGGGCUCUGGGCAUGGACACCGUGCAUAUUCACAGGCACAGUGGACUGCUGUCAGCACUAGGGCUGGCCCUAGCAGAUGUGGUUCACGAAGCACAGGAGCCCUGCUCCCUGUCCUACACCCCUGAAACCUGCAUGCAGCUGGACCAGAGGCUGACCCGCCUGGAGGAGCAGUGUGUGGAAGCCUUGCGGGCCCAAGGCUUUCCCAGGUCCCAGAUCAGCACUGAGAGCUUCCUGCACCUGCGUUACCAGGGCACCGACUGUGCCUUGAUGGUGUCUGCCCACCAGCACCCAGCCACGGCCCACUCGCCCCGUGCUGGCGACUUUGGGGCAGCCUUCGUGGAGAGGUAUAUGAGAGAGUUUGGCUUUGUCAUUCCUGAGCGGCCAGUGGUGGUGGAUGACGUGCGGGUGAGGGGCACUGGCCGCAGUGGUCUUCGGCUGGAAGAUGCUCCCAAAGCCCAGACUGGGCCUCCCCGGGUAGACAAGGUUACCCAGUGCUACUUCGAGGGGGGUUACCAGGAGACCCCUGUGUACCUGUUAGGAGAGCUGGGCUAUGGGCAUCAGCUCCAGGGGCCCUGUCUCAUCAUCGACAGCAACAGCACCAUCCUUGUGGAGCCAGGUUGCCAGGCAGAGGUGACUGAGACGGGGGACAUCCGCAUCUCUGUUGGGGCUGAGGCCCCCAGCACAGCAGGCACCAAGCUUGAUCCCAUCCAGCUGUCCAUCUUCUCACACCGCUUCAUGAGCAUCGCUGAACAGAUGGGUCGCAUCCUGCAGCGCACCGCCAUCUCCACCAACAUCAAGGAACGCCUCGACUUUUCCUGUGCCCUUUUUGGACCCGAUGGGGGUUUGGUCUCCAAUGCCCCCCACAUCCCUGUGCAUCUGGGUGCCAUGCAGGAGACUGUGCAGUUCCAGAUCCAGCACUUGGGGGCUGACCUCCACCCUGGUGACGUACUGCUCAGCAACCACCCCAGUGCGGGGGGCAGCCAUCUUCCAGACUUAACUGUCAUUACUCCGGUGUUUUGGCCAGGUCAGGCUCGGCCUGUGUUCUAUGUGGCCAGCCGAGGGCACCAUGCUGACAUUGGGGGUAUCACACCAGGCUCCAUGCCCCCUCACUCCACCACGCUGCAACAGGAGGGUGCUGUCUUUCUGUCCUUCAAACUGGUCCAGGGGGGUGUCUUCCAGGAAGAAGCGGUGACAGAGGCCCUGCGGGCACCAGGCAAGAUCUCUGGCUGUAGUGGAACCAGGAACCUGCAUGACAACCUGUCUGAUCUCCGUGCCCAGGUGGCAGCCAACCAGAAGGGCAUCCAGUUGGUAGGGGAGCUCAUCGGGCAGUAUGGCCUAGAUGUGGUGCAGGCCUACAUGGGCCAUAUUCAGGCAAACGCUGAGCUGGCAGUACGAGACAUGCUUCGGGCCUUUGGAACCUCCCGGCAGGCCCGGGGCCUACCACUUGAGGUGACCGCAAAGGACCACAUGGACGAUGGCUCCCCCAUCCAUCUCCGCGUGCAGAUCAACCUGAGUCAGGGUAGUGCGGUGUUCGACUUCACCGGCACUGGGCCCGAGGUGUUCGGCAACCUCAACGCCCCGCGGGCCAUUACGCUGUCCGCCCUCAUCUACUGCUUGCGCUGCCUAGUGGGCCGCGACAUCCCACUGAACCAGGGCUGCCUGGCUCCGGUGCGCGUGGUGAUUCCUAGAGGCUCCAUUCUGGAUCCGUCCCCCGACGCGGCGGUGGUCGGGGGGAACGUGCUCACGUCGCAGCGCGUGGUGGACGUCAUCCUGGGGGCCUUCGGGGCCUGCGCUGCCUCGCAGGGCUGCAUGAACAACGUGACCCUGGGCAACGCCCACGUGGGCUACUAUGAGACUGUGGCCGGCGGUGCGGGUGCGGGCCCCGGCUGGCACGGGCGCAGCGGCGUGCACAGCCACAUGACCAACACGCGCAUUACGGACCCUGAGAUCCUGGAGAGCCGGUAUCCGGUCGUCCUGCGCCGCUUCGAGCUGAGGCCGGGCUCUGGGGGUCGAGGCCGCUUCCGGGGCGGAGACGGCGUGGUCCGAGAGCUGCUCUUUCGUGAGGGCCUGCUGUCGGUGCUGACGGAACGCCGCGCCUUCCGGCCCUAUGGCCUCCACGGAGGCGAGCCGGGCGCACGGGGCUUGAAUCUGUUGAUUAGAAAGGAUGGCCGCACGGUGAAUCUGGGCGGGAAGACAUCAGUGCCUGUGUACCCCGGGGACGUGUUCUGCCUUCAUACGCCUGGUGGUGGGGGCUAUGGCGACCCGGAGGACCCCGCCCCACCGCCGGGUUCGCCCCCACAAGCCCCUGCCUUUCCCGAGCGAGGCAGUGUCUAUGAGUACCGCCGCGCCCAGGAGGCUGUGUGAGGGCCGCUACAAUAAAGAUCCCUUAAGUCGCCCAGUUCUGGGGCACAGCUGCUGGGCCAAACUCCUGCUCCACAUGUCUGUGUCACUGGCCGUGCUUGUCGUC